AUGUUGAAAAACGCAAUCUGCCUCAUUGGCCUCUCAGCUGCGUCGGCUGUGAACGCCGUCCAGUAUGGUUACAACCACGUCACUGUUCGGAAAGACUCCGAAGUAGUGGCCGCCAAUUUCAAGGACGUUGAUAUUGACCUGUAUGCUCCAGCCUUUCUUGACCCUGCCACCAGGCAAUCGGGCUUCAAGAAUGGCACACAAGGUCCAACCUCUCACGAGGAUAUGGAGGCAUAUAUGGAGACCAUUGCCGCAAAGAACGACUACAUGAGUUAUCAAAGUGCAAACUUCACCUCUGAGGAACACCGUUCGUUCCCUUUUGUGAAACUUUCCACUUCAAAGGGUCCCAAGACCUCGGAAAAGGUGCGAAUCUACAUCCAGGGUGCGGUACAUGGCAAUGAGCCUGCUGGUGACCAAUCCCUCCUGACCCUCCUCGGCAAGUUCGACAAAAACCCAAAAUGGGCUUCCAAAGUCCUCAAGAAUGUUGAUAUUGUGAUCCUGCCUCGAUACAACCCUGAUGGAGUUUACUACUUCCAGCGUGUGCUGGCUACCAACUUGGACCCUAAUCGCGAUCACAUAAAGCUCGCGCGUCAGCAGACCCGUGAUAUCAAGCAACUCUUCAACGAGUAUGCGCCUCAUGUUGCGAUCGAUAUGCAUGAGUAUGGAUCAUCGAGCAAAUACGGUAAAUACGUUCAAGCUGCAGAUGGUCUUUUCUCUGCUGCGAAGAAUCUCAAUAUCAAUAAGGAUAUUCGAGAGCUUUCUGAGAAGUUGUUUGCGAAGAACAUUGGCGAUGCUAUGGUCAAGGCGGGAUUGCGCUGGGAGCCAUAUGUGACUGGACAAACUAGCACUGAUCCCGAUUAUGUGCCCAAAUUCGAUGAAGCUGGCUCGGACGCCAAGAUCGGCCGCAAUGCAAUGGGCCUUUCCCAAACCGUCACAUUUCUCAUCGAGAUGCGAGGAAUUGGUCUUGCAGAUCAACAGUUCCAACGACGAACUGCUGCUGGUCUCACCAUGGCCAGCGCGAUUAUCGACACGGCUGCUAAUAACGCCCAGAAGGUGUUCAAGACUAUUGAGGGCGGUAUCAAGGAUUUUACCAAGUCCAAGGAACCCAUCGUGAUUACAGACUCUACCAAGUACCGCACGCGACAGUUCCAGAUGAUUGAUCAAAAAGACGGAUCCCUCGUCAAAGUUCCCGUUCAGUUCGCUUCCACGACACCCACGACCGCAAACCUCACCCGUUCUCGACCAGAGUCUUACCUCAUCCCUAUUGCUUGGACAGGUAUUGUUGAGCGUCUCAAGAUUUCGGGACUUGAAGUCGAGACACUCAACAAGCCCUGGAGCGGCACAGUUGAAGCGCUGAACGUCACGUCGUCUGAGCUUAGCAGUUCUUACUACGAAGGCACUGUGCUCGCAACUAUUACGACCGAGGCGAAGAAGCGACAGCUUACGCUACCGGCUGGGAGCUUCCUUGUUGGCACCAAGCAGAAGAAUGCUGGGUUAGCUUUUGUUGCGCUUGAGCCGGAGAAUAUUGACUCUUAUGCCAGUUUCAAUAUUAUUCCUCUUGAGGUCGGUGAUGAGUAUCCUGUCUAUAGGGUUAUGUAA